GAAAGCCGAAACGAACGGGGGAGACGACGAGACCGGGAGAGGGCGAACCGACUAGAGCCAAGCGAGGCCGAAUUCCAGGAAGAAGCCAGCCGCGCGUCGUCUUCCUCCCUCGACCCUUCCUAUAAAUACGCGCGACCGCGUAACCCGCGAAGAAAAAGUAAAAGGGAGGACGGAGGAGGAGAGGAGGAACAGCGAAGGGAACUAGGACCAGCGGCGGGCAAGAAUGGAGAGGGGCGGCGCCGGCCGCGGGGACGGGGUGAUGAUGACGUCGGGCGCGACGGGCCGGAUCGUGCCGGUGUUCCGCUCCGUGCUGUCGCGGCGCGCGCUGCUACGCGUCGCCGUCGCGCUGCGCGCGCUCUUCCUCUGGCUGCUGGUCCUCGCCGGCGGGCUGCGCCGGCGCCGGGCGGCGGGGUCCGAGGCCGCGGCGGCGUCGCCGGCGGAGGCUGGGGCCGUGGCCGGGGCCUGGAAGGCUCGGCGGCGGCGGCAGGCCGCGGAGGAGGAGGACGUGCGCCGCCGCAGGGCGCUCGCGGAGGAGGUGGCAAUGGCGGAGGGCGCCGGCGCGGGGCAGGGGACCAGGUGGGGCACGUUCCUCGUCGCCGGGGCCAGGAGGAACGCGCUCUUCUGCCGCCUCUGGGCGCCCGCCGCCGAGGAGAUGAGGGGCAUUUUGGUCAUCAUACAUGGUCUGAAUGAACACAGUGGAAGGUAUUUGCACUUUGCUGAACAGCUGACAGCAUGUGGCUUUGGAGUAUAUGCCAUGGAUUGGAUAGGGCAUGGUGGAAGUGAUGGCCUGCACGGCUAUGUGCCUUCACUAGACUAUGUUAUCGAAGACAUAGAAGUGCUUCUCAACAAAAUUAUGAUGGAGAAUCCUGGGGUCCCUUGUUUUCUUCUUGGUCACUCCACCGGCGGAGCUGUGGUCUUGAAGGCAUCUUUGUACCCUCAUAUCAGAGAGAAACUGGAAGGGAUCAUCCUGACAUCACCGGCUCUGCGUGUGAAACCUGCCCAUCCUAUUGUUGGGGCUGUGGCACCGAUAUUCUCUCUAGUAGCACCCAAGUUCCAGUUCAAAGGAGCGAACAAGAGGGGCAUCCCCGUGUCCCGCGACCCAGCCGCGCUGCUCGCAAAAUACUCUGACCCAUUGGUCUACACGGGGCCGAUCAGGGUCCGGACGGGCCACGAGAUCCUGCGCAUCUCCUCCUACCUGCUGCACAACCUGAAGAAGGUCACCGUCCCGUUCAUGGUCCUGCACGGCACGGCGGACCGGGUGACGGACCCGCUGGCCUCGCAGGACCUACACAGGGAGGCCGCGUCGAGGCACAAGGACCUGAGGCUGUACGACGGCUUCUUGCACGACCUGCUCUUCGAGCCCGAGCGCGACGAGAUCGGGGCCGAGAUCAUCGGCUGGAUGGACGGGAUGCUCCGGCGGCAGACGGUGUGAGUGGGCCAGCUGCGCGGUGGUUUUCGCGUUCUUGAUUGGUGGUGUUUCUCUGAAAGUGGUAUCUAUGGGUGAUUUGUGUGCCUAGAUGGAUGCAAAUUUGUGCUCUGUAACUAUUUCAGUAUAAUAACGGAAAGAGGAGCAUGCAUUCGUGGUUUUUGAAUC